UCAGAAAAGGAGAAGCGUUACGAAAUAUUCAAGAAAAACUACGAGCGAAUGCGAGCCAAGUAUAAUAAUACUGAACCUGAGCUGAACAUAUUUGGUGAUAAAACCGAGGAUGAACUCCCCAAAGGUGGCAUGAAAAUACCGAAGAUUCCUUACUGUUCUUUGUUUCAUUAUUUUGUUCCUGAAUACAAAAUUUCGGUAUAUGAAGGAGCUGUAAGAAUUAGACGGCAACAUGGCGGGCAGAUGCUUUAUGUGGAUAAGCCAUAUGAAGAUGACACAGACGGGACUGAGGAAGAUGACAUAGACUUCUGGUUAGUGAAGAAUUCUUGGGGCACGACCUGCGGUAGAAAAGGUGGAUACUUCCGAAUUAAAAGAAAUGUGGAUAAGCCAGGUGGUUUUAUGUAACAUUGGCCUUCCUUCCCGUUCAUC